UCGAGACCUUUGCUAUCCUGUUUUUCGGUUUGCACACUGUUCUAGAUAACCUUGGGAAGUUAAUAUUUAAGAUCUGUACUCUGCAUUUUGUUUCCCAUUAACCUCUGUGUUAAAGUUAACUGUAGGCGUGUUGCCACAUUGUUUAACCCUUCCAGAGAGAGAUCCCCAGCCAGGACUGUCAUGUUAUAAAGUGAUUUUCUUAACCUCCUGCCACAGCAGGUUUUAACUAACGUAGGAAGCCGGUUGGUUUCCUUUGUUUUUUUUAUAACUUUAGAUGUUGGUAGCUGUAUUGCCUGGGGCAGUACUGGGAGCAUAAGGUGCCUUUUGUUAAGGUGUUGUUUUUUUUUUAAAUUUUUUUAAAGUCCAGGAGAAAUAGGGAAACGCAAUAACGAGUUAUAAACUUGUUUCAAAAAAGCCACACAGAGUUAAAAGGACGUCAUUAAGGUGAGUUAAGGCUAAGAUCAGCAGGGUUUAUGGUUGAAGUAGUUAUGGUGGUAUCAUAAUUUUUGGGGAUACCUGCCUUCUUCAAUAAUUUACAAAUGAUGUCGCUUUGAAGAUGGGUAUCCCUAAUCCUACCAAAUGGGGUGCACCCCUUUUAAUACCUUAUCAUAUUUUGGUUACUGCAAUACCCCUUUUAACAGCGAGGGUUAUUUUUACAAUUAAACAUGACUUUUCCAGUAAAAUGUUCCUCAUUACACAGCGAGGCUUCGAUCAGGGCAUUUCCCUUCAAUAUUGGUAAAUGCACAAUGACAUUAAUCUGAUUCCUGAAGGACCUGUGACUGCCAUAUAUUAUCUUGUGACCUUUGCCAUGCACAAUGCUAGUUUCUGGACUUUAGAAUAUCAGAACUAAUAUUAAAAGUUCUCAGGAAUUUUCUCAAAUUGAUUUAAAGAUGUUGUGGUAUUUGUAUAUCCCUCCAGUACUCACAGGGUGUAACUCCUUUUUGAAGCCAUGGUCCCUGGCAGAACAUGCUGUGUAUAAUUGCUUAUUUCAGCUGUAAUUGCUUUAGGAACGCACACACAUCUAAGUGCAUGUGACUGUAACGUGGGCAGUGAAAUGUGAUGCGGAUAUUUACCGUUCCCAGGAAUUACAGUUAUCCCAUCAUUUCUCAGACCCAGAGGGGGGGGGAUUCGUUUUUCAUGAGCAAUGAAGACAUCUUUUCAUCUGUUAUAAGGCUAUUCAGAACUACCAGCCUAACUAUUCCUGCCCGCAGCUCCUCGUUCUGGGAAGAUUGUAAGGUUCCUGACGAUACUGAUCACCUAAACUCUGCGCUGACCCACAGAAUUUGGUGAGAUAAAGUUUAAAACAGGUUACUGAGCCCAACCCUCUACUGAAUAUAUCUGGAGUCAUACUGAUAAUAAUGAAUAUCAUUAUACUGUUUCUUUGGGGUUUUUUCUUUUAUCCUUUAUAUCCGAUUACCAAAUUAGACAUGAAUUUUCACUGUUUCUACGUGCUGGUGGUUAAUACAUGAAAAGUGCUGACCUGCAGAAUGUAGCAAUCCUGUGUUGCAGGACGGAAUGAUGUGAUUUAUUUAAGGCAGUUUCUUGCCUUUUUAUUUAAUGGACUGAUUUCCUCUCCCCGCUGAUUUAUCAUUCUGCAGGGCAGCACUAGUCAUAUAGUGAAAAACGGAUACCUACAGCGCUGCGGAAUUUGUUAAAUAUGUUCAGGAAAACAUGGUGGAUCUGGAAACCAUUUAUAUAUAUUUUGUUUUCUUCAGAAAAGCCCUAACCGAAGUCAGACAAGAUGGCUGAAACACCACAUUUAAUUAAUGGUGAAGGACAGACGGAUCUCUGGGCAUCUCACAACAAGAUGGUGCUGGAGCCUCUUGAAACAAACGAUCCAGAGGUAAGCGAGUACCCCUAAAUAAAUCCCAUAUCCAUUAUUUGUCACCCCAGUAGUCUUGGAGAUAUUGACAUGUAUAGGACCUUAUUCCUUAUAGGGCUCUGUCACAGAUUGUGUCAAAGAUCACAGUUUACCCAUAUAGACUGCUUGGUGAUUUCAUUCCAAUUCCAACACAAUUUAAAGAUCCCAUGAGAUGAAGUACAGACCAUUUUGUUUUAUGUUACAGAUAAUUAAGCUCUCCCCAAGCUGUAUAAUGUUGGCUUUCAGCUCUGGACUAGUUUGCGGUUUUCUCUCAUUUCCAGUUUAGUGAAUAAUCUCAUUCGUAUAAGUGUAUUUUCAUGUAAAUGGUUUAUUAUUCUUAUUACUGUACAUGGCUUAUACAUUAUAAUUGACAACUCCCAUCAUGCACUCACAAGUAGGAAUUCGCAGGAAUAUUGUAUAUUUUACCCAUCUGCUAACCACCUGCAGACCAUGCUGAUCUCGCUGGAAACGUAUGGCUUUUGUUUUUUCAUGCUCGGUGGGAAAUUUUUAUAUUAAGAAGAAAAACAACUCGUGGACAGAAUUUAGUUAACUCAUACUGAGCAAAAAGUUGGAGUGAGAUGGAAAUUCACUCUCCCCACCCUCCCUCCCUAAUCUCCGCUGCUAUACUGUUGGUGAACUACCUAAACCACAUCUAAUGCAGGUUUUAGGGUUUCUAGAACAAGAAUGGUUGGUACCAGACCAGUCGUGUUUAGUUUGUUUAUUUCUCAGUUUAUUCAAAAGAGAUUCUAUCCUAUUGCAGCAGAUGCUAACCUUCACACUGCAUAUUUAUAUCUGACUCUAGUUCCCAUGAUGCUCAGCUGGUGCAUCAUGAUGGGAAUUGUAGUCGAUUAUUUUAAAUACUGGCCUCCAGUUUAGAGUAUGUCAUUACAGACAUAUCGGCAUAUUCUCUUCCAGAACAAUAUACUAAUACAAUACUAAUGCCUCCUGCCAAUGGAUCUGAUUGGGUUACAGCUAUUUUAAACACUGGCCUCCAGUUUAGAGUAUGGGUGCAGUAAUUCUGUCCUGUUGGCACUGUUCCGCUGUAAUGAUUACCAAUUCCUCCUUUCUUCCACCAGGUGUAUGAAAUUAUCCGUAAGGAGAAGCAUCGCCAGACAUUCGGCCUUGAACUCAUCGCAUCUGAGAAUUUUGCCAGCUGUGCCGUUCUACAGGCCUUGGGCUCCUGUAUGAACAAUAAAUACUCAGAGGGUUACCCGGGGCAAAGGUGAGAGGGCAGUCCACAGUCCGUGGUUUCAUUAUUCCUGCUGUAUUUCAUAACUCCAACUGUAAGUGAGGCUACUGGGGAAAAUACAACAGGUCAAUUCCUCCUCCCUCAAACUCUGACCUGUCCUGUGAGGUUUGUGAUUAAUUUGUAAUGUUGGAUCAUAGCAGUCACUCAUUCAGUAAUAUGGUUGCUCCCACCAAUUUUCUUUUACCUAGUGAAUAUAAUAUAGAGCGCAGUAAACACUCCAAGGACACUCCAUCACCAUGACUAAUCUUAAUGAAGUUGUUAUGGUAUAUAAAGGUCCAGGGUGUUGUCUUAUUUUUAACAAAGUGCUGAUCACAGUGUAUGUCCUCCUGGCCACUCUGCUUCACUGCAGAAACCUUUCAGUAAUGUCUGUGAUAGGCUGAGAACAUUAUAAUGUCUCAUAGCCCCCUCUCCCAGUGCCAUGGUUCACCGUUGUAUGUGCAGAUAUUUCUGUCUAUUUACAUGUGUGUGAAUUGCAUGUAUGACUUUCAGUAGAACCUGUCAUUGGAUAGGGUUUUAUGAUAUGUUUUCUUUUAAACAGUGAAUGAUAGUUAAUUUACAGCCAAAUUUUAUAAUUCAUACAAAAUCGCUGAGUUGGUAAAGUUUUCAAUCUCCCCUAAUUAGGCUGAGAUUUUGUAAUUAAAUUUGCAAAAAAAAAUGUAAAGUACACUGCACUCCAAAAACAACUUUGCUGUGUUUAUGCCUUUAAUUCCGCUUUAAUCGCCCACAGGGACCUUCUAGAGCAGGGGUUCUCAACCCAGUCCUCAGGACCCCCUACCAGUCCAGGAUUUGGGGAUUACCUGGGUGUGUCUCAGGUGUUUAGAAAAAGGGAAAAAAACACCUUAGACUGUAAGGUGUUUUUUUUUUUCUAAACACCUUCGACACACCCAGGUAAUCCCUAAACCCAGGACUGGUAGGGGGUCCUGAGGACUAACGUUGAGAACCUCUGUUCUAGAGUCUUUUGCACCUGGUAAUAGCUAUUUAAUGAUCUCUUUCAGAAUAUUCACCCCAAGGAGUGUUGCAGGGCUGAUAAACACAUUGGGUAUUUAACAAACAGGAAUGUUCAGAAUUCCUGAGCUGUGGAUAAAUAUACACCAGGUGUGGGGUACCAAAACUGCACCAAACCUGAAUCACUGGGAAAUGAUACUAAAUAGAUACACAGGCUGUUCGUAGAAAUCUUAAAAUAAACUAUCCAGAGUCAAGCAAUUUCUCCUAAAUAAAACACUUAUGUCAGCUGAUCAGAGAUCAUUAAAUACACGUGAACUUAUUCUUUUAUAAACCGGCACUGUCGCAAAGAAUCUUUAUUAAAGCCUUAUUAAGAGGGAGUCUGUUUACAAGACAUUUCAGUGUAAUCAGAAGGACUACUUUGUCUUUUGUCCAGGCUUUUAUCUGGCAUAAUGUGAUAAAAUAUAAAAUUAUAUGAAGCACUGCUUUGUCUUUUGUCCAGGCUUUUAUCUGGCAAAAUGUGAUAAAAUAUAAAAUGAGCAUCUCACAGCCUCUGCCUGCUAUGUCUUGCCAACUCCCAUCUGAAGCUACGUGAAAUGUAUCGCAUGAUGGCUCACUCUUCCUGUUAUAUGAGGGAUUGUGUGUUUAUGAAAUCCACUCUCUAGGUUGAAAUGUUUAUGGCCUAGACUCGUAGUAUUCAUUUUCUAUAAACCCCACAAGCUUGGGAGGAAAGGGUUAAUUACUGCUUUCUCUAUUGGGACAGGUACUAUGGAGGUACAGAGUGUGUCGAUGAGCUGGAAAGGCUAUGUCAAAAGAGAGCCCUGGAGGUGUAUGGCUUGGACCCACAGAAAUGGGGUGUCAACGUGCAGCCAUAUUCUGGUAGGAAUUGACAUGCUGUGCUCUUUGAAAGCAAUUGAGAUAAAUAAGUGAUAUUCUUGAAACCUUUUUUUUUUUUUUUCACAUCACAGAAGUCUUGUGCUUUCAGGAAGAUGAUAUAUAGAAUGUAAGUUUUCAUGGAAUGGGCAGAACAAACUCCAUCAGGAUUAUGCAAGUGUGAAUUGUAGGGAAUGGAAAAUUCUAAGUGAUUUUCACAUUUUAAGCCAAAUGAUCAAUUGUGGGGGGAAAAAAAAUCUCCAAGUCACUUAUGGAUUCAGAUAACUAUUUAAGCCUAAACUUUGAAUUCCUGUCAAUUUAGUGAAUAACCCAGAGUUAUUUGUGAGUAGGCAGAUCAGGAUUUCCACGUUGGCAGUUCCCGGGUUCAAUGCGGAAGGCUUACACCUUGCGUGCAGACCUGUAUAUUCUUUAUUCAUGGACCCUGUGUUUCAAUGCCUAGAUCAGCAUGUCCCAGAGACGCAGUCCUGCACACUCAUUGUGUUAACCCCGAGUUACUGCUCUUCCUGGUUACAUCAUGUCCGUUGCUUGACUUCAGGUUCCCCUGCCAAUUUUGCUGUGUACACUGCCCUUGUGGAGCCCCAUGGGAGGAUCAUGGGAUUGGACCUGCCAGACGGAGGACACCUGACCCAUGGCUUCAUGACAGAGAAGAAGAAAAUCUCUGCCACGUCCAUCUUCUUUGAGUCCAUGCCAUACAAGGUAUGGUAGAUAUUGCCCACCAUUGUCUGAUAGGGUACAGGUGCAAGGUAUUUUAAUUGAAUUGCAUUGUGGUGGAAAAAGAGAACGGGAUUUUGUUACUUAUUGAGCUUUUUAUUAAUGGGUGCCCAGAUCUGCCUUUAUUAUUAGCAGUUACAAUGAUUUUCCAUCAUUACUUGUCAGGUCUCUGUGUGCAUCUUUGAAAAUCCUCUUCCAUCAUCCCCUUAAGUAGUAUUGAUGCUUUAAUUAAUUAUCUCACUCUGUCCCAUAAGGGCCGUAUGUGACUCCUGCUUAUUUAUUUAUCACUGACCGCUCUACCAGCUUGUGGAUACUAAGCAGUUUGCCUGAAGGCCAGGUUAUACCAGAGCACUCUCUCUAAGCCACAGGUUGAAGGAUAACAUGGAAUGUUAUUAGUUAACACGUGAAUGAUAAUAUCCUUGGUUUCCUUAAAGAAUGGUAGGCAUUUUAUAUACGUAUAUUUAAAGUCUAUCGCGGUAUUAAAAUAGACUUUUCACACAAUUCUAGCAGCACAGACUGUAACAGACUGCAUAUUGCUAAAAUCUUACUGUAAGGCUUAAUCCUAAUCCGUAAAAAUCCAAACUAUUGAAUAUCCUUUAUACACACUUCUAUGCAGAACUCCCAAAUGCUUGGUGUAUUAUUACAGCUCCUUGUAGUGCUUUUGUUUACUUGUGUGCCUGGGCACCUUCCCCUUUUUGGAGGCAGAGGCUAUAUGACAAAAAAAUGGAUUAGCAUCCUUUAAUCAAUACUUGCGUGUUUUGUGCUUUAAUCUACAGGUGAAGCCCGAUACAGGUUACAUAGACUACGACAGGCUAGCUGAAAACGCUCGCUUAUUCCAUCCCAAGCUGAUCAUUGCUGGUAAGUUUUAAAACUGCAGGAACGCAAACCGCCAAUAGGGGCCAAGUGCUGUAAUCUAGAACUUUAAAAAGGUUAUUCACUUGCGUGUAAUUGUCACAAAUUCAAAGUGAAUUUUAAAACUGAAUGCACGACUGACUUGGAGAAUAAUUUGGCUAUUAUGACCGUAAAAUGAGAAAUUCACUUUGAAUUCCCGACAAUUCACAUUUUAGUGCUUUACCCUGCCGGUACUCUCAGGGACAGAACACGACAGAAGGACCGGUAUUCUACUGCCAUGAUGACUAUCCUUGGCAAAUCGGACAUCUGUGAAUGAUAUUUUCUGUGAAGCCUAGCCAGUAUGCUGUUGAUUUUACAGCAGCCUAUUCAUAUAAUAAGUAGGAGUUUAUUUUUUUUUAUUUGUUUGCUCUUCCCAUUUAGGGGUCAGCUGCUACUCGCGAAACCUAGACUACGCUCGCAUGCGGGCCAUUGCAGAUGAGAAUAGCGCAGUCCUCAUGGCUGACAUGGCACAUAUUAGUGGGCUGGUGGCUGCUGGAGUGGUUCCCUCUCCUUUUGAACACUGCGAUAUCGUAUCCACAACAACUCACAAAACGCUACGAGGCUGCCGGGCAGGGAUGAUCUUUUACCGUAAAGGUGUGUUGGGGGUUGGUGUGGGAGCCAAGAAAGCGCUAAUGCUGUGUCUUGAAAGUAACUGUAAAAGCCUUACUGAAAUGAAGUUUCAUACUGUGCGUUUCACAGUACUUUGCGUACUGUGCGUUUCACAGUUUUCUUCUCCAACCUGCAGCAGCGCAAGCCAAUCACACAUUAUUUUGUAAACCCUUUUUUUUUUUUUUUUUCUAUGUUUCUAAUAGUGUAACAUGUUCAAGAAAAUAUACUUGAACCUUAUGUGGUUUGCCUGAAAUACUUACAUGGUAUGUGAUGUUUUCUUGUGCCCAGGUGUUCGUAGCGCGGACCCAAAGACCGGGAAGGAGAUCAUGUAUAACUAUGAGAAUCUGAUCAACCAAGCAGUCUUCCCUGGACUUCAGGGGGGCCCUCAUAAUCACGCUAUCGCAGGUACGUGGAAUGAAGAGUCACUUACAGCCUGAAAGGGUUUAGGUUUCUCUCUUUUUUUUUUCUUCAGCCUUUGUAAAGGGAAGCAGUCACUUUUCUAAAAAAUUGCAGCAUUGAAUAGAUGUUCAAAAUCAUCUGUGAAAAUGUAUUUUUACUUGUGUUAACCUUUAUUCAUGUGCUGCUGCUUUAUGAUAAAAUUUAGAAAUUGACAUCCGAAUCGACACAUUUUGAAAAGGAGGAGAACCUGAAUUAUUGGUUACUUUCCCCUCCUCUAUGUACAUUUCUCCAUACAGUCUGCCAGGAGCAAUGGACAAAGCUUACAGCAAUGAUUGGCAGGGAGUUGAGGUAAAAUAAUGAGCUCACAAAUACAUAUGUAUUAACUAUAGGGAUAAGUUAAUAUAAUAUUAAAAAUCCUGGGAAGUUAUUCAUUACUUUUUGUAACUAUAUGAUAGCACCGUUUUCUGUCUGGUUUAAGUUGACCGUAUGAACUUGCAACUCAUGCUAAGAAUUCCAUAAUCUGAUGUGAGUAAAAUGCAGCUCUUUGCCAUGCGGUGACCUGCAAACAUUGAGACUGGCCAUAAAACUGCAGUUAAAAGUUGUUUUCGAGAAGGAUCGGCAGAAACUGUGUCAGAGGGCUGUGCAGAUUAUUGCCAGCUGCAGGAUGUCUGGGCAAAAACAAUGCUACUGAAUCUUUUACUACAGGGCUGGGGAAUCUUUGGCCCUCCAGAUGUUGUGGACUACAUCUCCCUUGAUGCUUUAAGAGCAUUAUGGCUGCAAGAGCAUUAUGGGAGAUGUAGUCCAAAACAGCUGUUGGGCUGAAGGUUCCCCAUCCCUGUUUUACUGGGUUGAGAAGUGCAGCGGACAUAAAGGCUCACUUACCUCUUCAGCACUCCUGUAUUCAGACAAUCAUUAUCCUGCACUCUGCAUUUGCAGAGAAUGCUGUACACUUAUUAUUCCUUCUACUGAAACAAGAGCUUGGUGGUAUACAGUGUGUACAAACACCAGUGUGCAAUCCUCUAAUAUUCACAAAAAGGGAACGGUGAGACAUAGCCAAACCAUUAAGCAAUAUCUUAAUGGUGGAACGUGCAAAAAAAUGAAUGACCUUUAUAGUUCUACUGGGAACAGAUGUUUCUCAUAAACAAAUAAGAAAUUUAGUGUAAUCUGUGCUGGUAAAAUAUGUGUAUAGUGUAAUUCUCUCAAAGGGCAAAUCACAUGAUAUGGAGCCAAAAAUCAAAGGGAUCCUGGUAGUAUAGGAGUUGGUUUUUAACGGUUCCUCCAUAGACAAAGCAUUUUUCCCCUCAGCCAUUAGUCGCUAGUGACAAUGAUUGACAGCGGUAGUUCUCCCUUUUUGUUUUAAAUAAAUAUACACAUCUAUAUCUUUUGACUGCGUUUGAAUUUAAGGAAAAUUCUAACCUUUUUUUAUGAGCAUUUUAUAAAGAUUUUAUCUUAAUGAAAUGCUUUUUUUUUUGGGAGGACACUGCCAAUAUUAAUAAGAGGGUAGUUUCUCUUACAUAUUGUUGUUCAGCACAGAGGUAACUGUCUGGAAUUGACCGGUGAAUUUAAUAGUUCAGGUCAAAAUUCCCCAGCUCAACUAUUUUGGUGUAGAAUCGGAAAUCUGACAAUACGGUGUUUAGUGAAUAAGCCCUCGAGUGUAAGACAUGGUUGACUUCCCUAAAUUUUGCAAAAUGUUUACAAUAUGAUGCUUUAUGUAAAUGUAAAUUUUUAUUUCUUUGCUCUUUUUGUCAGGAGUGGCAGUAACUUUAAAGCAAGCUUUUACUCCAGAGUUUAAACUCUACCAGAAACAGGUUCUUGCCAACUGCCAGGCGCUGGCGGCUGCUCUGGAGGAGCUUGGGUACCACAUCGUUACUGGUAAGAACCAAGAAUCCCUAUUCGUGUUGGGCUUUCCAAAGUGAUAUUCUAUCAAACAGAUCAAAUGUACACCCCGUGUAAGUGACGGGUUAAUGGUGAAUGAUGUAGGAUUAUCCUAUAAAGCACUAUUACUCGGAUUGGACACUACUUCCCUUCAGUCUGAUCACUUUAUUUCAGGGGGCUCUGAUAACCACCUCAUUCUGGUCGAUCUUCGGAACAAGAAAACGGACGGUGGGAGAGCAGAGAAAGUGCUUGAAGCGUGCGCCAUUGCCUGCAACAAGAAUACCUGCCCAGGUAUGGGGCUCUGGGGAUAGAUUGGGCAUAGUGGAGUAUGUGAGAUGUUUCCUGUAAAGCAGCACACACCCCUCCCCCAUGAGAUAAUCUCUUUAGGUACUACUUUGUCUUAGUAUUUAUCUUACGCUUCACAAAAGGCACAGCUACUUUUGUCAAGUUUUGUAAUUUUUUUUUCCCUGUAAGUAAAAAGGCUCUGUCUAUUCAGGAUCCAACUGUAUCACAGGAUCCUUAAUAGACUUCAGUGUUGUACUCUCGCUCGUGCGCAAGAGUACAAAACUAAUAUGGGCUCCGCCAAAGAUCAAUAGGAUCGUCAGAGAGACCAUGGCGGCAGCGGCAAGGGACAGGUUCAAGUAAGUAUAGCUCUUCUUUUCCUGCACCCCAGACCACCUGACACCUAGUGGAACAGUCCCCAAUUGUGCAAGAUCCAAGAUGGUGACAGAACCACUUUAAGUGAUGUCACUGGUUCUGAUAGGAUGGGGUUGAACUUAAUAAACUUUUUUUUUUUGGGGGGGGGGGGGUUUAUGGUUUUUUUUUAUUAUUAUCAACCUAUACCCUUUGAACCUUGUCAGCCACAUUGUGCUAGAAAAUAUGAAUAUUAUUCUGCUACACACUCUCUAUAAUCUUGUGUAGUCACAUUUGUUUUAUGCAGAAAUCGCUCAGCCUGUGAUUGUGCCAUUUCAGGGGACAAGAGUGCUCUACGGCCUAGUGGCCUCCGGUUUGGAAGCCCAGCCCUCACGUCUCGUGGAUUUCGAGAAGCAGACUUCAAGAAAGUGGCGCACUUUAUUCAUAGAGGUAAAUGUUAACCAAUAGCUCUCUAGUAGGGCUGGACAUUUAUAGAGAACCAGUAUAGGACCGUACAAUAUAUAGUUGGCACUAAAUAAAAAAAUAAAAAAAGUUACUCUGCUGCUCCCAAUUUAGUGCAUGUAGAAUUAUUUUUUUAAGUUGGUAAGAUUUGCCAUGAACUUACAAUCUAAUGGCAAUGAAAUGUUUAAAGGGGAUCUAUCAGGCCCUACAAACGCAUUUGAUAAUACAGGAGAUAAAUAUUGACACUCCAACCCUUGAAAGGAACACUCAAGUCUUGGGAAUACAAACUUCUGUUCCUUUAGUGAUCCUGGUGUCACCCAUCCUGAAGCUCCCUUGGUGUUGUUCACCUUUUCUCAGAGGAGCAUUGCAUUACAUGUGCAGCAAGUGUCCCACCGGCUUCCCAUAGGAAAACAUUGAAUCAAAGCUUUUUAUGAGGGCUUCCGCAUCAGAUGACGGAGUUGUUGUUGUAUUUUUAACUGCGUGACGCAGAAGCGCCUCUAGUGGUGGUCUGUAUAACAGCCACUAAAGGUGGACUCAAUCAUGAAAUUGUAACUUAAAAACAAACAAACCAAAAAAAAAACCUACACUGUUUUACAUUGCAGUGUUUAAAGGACAGAACCCCUUUGUUGAGAUGAGGUGCAUUGGUUGGCUUUAGUGGUCCUUUUUAAAUAUUAAAAACCAGAUUUCACAGGGUAAGUUCCUGCACAGGAAUAAAGGCAUCUGAGGUUUCUUAUCUAAAAUAGGCGUUCUUAUAUUACAGGCAUUGAGCUGACGCUGGACAUUCAAAAUGAUCAAAAUCCAAAAGCCACUCUGAAGGAAUUUAAGGAGAAACUUGCUACAGAUGACAAGUACAGGGAGAAAAUCUCUUCCCUCAAGGAAGAGGUGGAGAAGUUUUCAGGUUUAUUUCCUAUUCCUGGACUCCCUGAUCUUUAAAUGGGCUUUAUUUUAAUUUGUAUUUGUGUUGACUGACAGAUAUUACCAACUGUUUUGACUCAAAAUCUGAGCUGUCCUUUCUAUCAAGUUAUUUCUUAACAACUGUAUCUCUCUGCUUGUUUUGGUCUCGCUACUGUGAAUACUGACUUGAUAUUUAGAAAAUAUUCUGCUGCUAAGAUAACUGGCCAAAAAAGUGAAACUGACUACCUUGUAAGAGGCUGCCUCAAUCUCUCUUCUAAAGAAUGAAUGUUUCUACUUUUCUAUAAACUGAUGUGUAAUUUUAAUUGUAAACCAGGAGUGUUUUCUUCUAGCAGAAGACAUGAGACACACUAAUAAUAUUGUAACGGUUAUAUGGUACAUACUGUGUAGGGUAAGUGGGCUGCAGACACAAUAAAACUGCGACUGAUCACAUAAACUGUCCCGUAUAUCGGCAUUGUAUACAAUUCAUUCCUUGAGUGCCAGAAGAAGGCAAAGCAACAAAUUCACCCACUGUUGAUCUUUAUCUCACACUUGAUACAUCAGGUUUUGGACGUUUUUUUCGUUCUCUCACUGUAGAUUUUAAUUGUAGUUUAACACGGUGUAUGUGAAUAAGAAAUGUUUUACUCUACACGAUAAGUGCUGCUUUUAAACUGUUCUUAUUUCCAUCAAAAGUAAAACUUAUCACAAUGAGACUGGUGAUUUUUUUCCAGCUUGUCUUUAGGUGAUCACAUAAAACAUUACUUUAAUUACUGUCCUCUGAUCUUGAUUUUAAACAACUUUUUUCUUUAUACUGUUUUAGUGUUCAUGUGAAGUCUAGUUCCCCCUGCAGGAAAAAUAUUAUACUAGUUUACAUACGUUUUUUCCCCCCUCACAUUUUUACUGCUCUUCUGGGAGAGAACCUGGACAGUCUAGUGAAACUCCUACUACUUUG